AUUUUUACAGUUUGAAUUGUUUUCAUAUGCAGACAAGAAUGACCAUGAAAUGGGUUGGCAAAAGUUAAAGGUAAUUUUAUAAAUAAAAGCAGUAGUGUCUUGCUUCAGCGGGAACCAUUUAGAAUAAAGAGAGGAUACUGAGAGUUUUAGAGGGUCUGGAUUAUAGCAGGGUAAUGCCGGAGUAAAUAUAAAUCAAUGGUUCCUAAGAAAAAAAGUUCCUUGUAGUGGGUGAAUGGGAUAAAUAUGGGUAAUACUUUGGUAUACAUUUAGGUUAAUGGGACAAUAUGUAGUAUAAGGUAGUGGCAGAGGUGGGUAAUAAAACCUGCUUAAAAUGAUAGAACAGUACAAACCAAGACAGUUCUUCUAUGGCAAUAUGUGUGCAAAUGCUUCCCAAGGGUGCUAUAUGUUAAAGAAAAGUGAAUAUCCACCAAUUUUGGCUAAGGCGCUCAUCCUGUUUACAUUGCGAGGGUGAAUUCUAGACGCAUGUACUACCAUGGGGGUCCAGAGGGCAGAGCCCCCUGGCUAGGUAAUAUAUACCACGGUGUUAGGUUAGGUUGGAUGUUGGGUUAGGACGUUUUUAACAAUCAUGGGGGUCUUGUUUUACCUCAUAGUUUCCCUGAUAUAUUUCAUGCCCUCCCCUGCUAUCGGGACUAUCAAAUCAAGAUUGUCGCUGAAGAUGAUGAUCAUAUCUCCUCAACAAUUCAUUUCCAUAAGGAACAAUGCCUAGAAUUGUUGAAAGCAGUGGAUUUCAUGCAGAAAAAUAUCAAAAUUGUUUUGAAGGCAGGAAGUUCUGUAGUAAGAUGAAGUCAGUGCAUUUAUUUCUGCUGCCAGUGGCAAUUAUUGCUCUGGUAGUGUUUGAUAUAGCAAUGGCUGGAAAGGAUGAGGAAAAUCAACUGGUUUUGGUGGAUAUCAAGGAGGAUGAGGAUGAGGCUACUGUGGCUGAUGAAGAAACUCCUGUUUCUAAUCCAGUGGAUCCAGAUAAGAUUUUUAUUCCAAGUAAAGAAUGGCAAAUGGUUCAAGAAGGUAAAAUAGCUAUUAUGAAACAGAAACAGUUGAAUUGUUAA